UUAUUGUCAAGGUUAAAACGUUUUGUAAGAUGAAUUAGCAAUAAUACACCAGUAAUAAAAGCAAAUUUAAUUUUACCUUGAUAUAUACGGUCCAAUAGCCAAUAAUAAAUCAUCAAAAAAAUGGUCACUAGAGUCAUGACAACCAAGUUCAUCGCUGACCUGCCAAAAGGCGGUCCUCUCGAAAAGUACAGACAGCUGGCAACGUUCGACUGGAAGAAGAUGAGAGUUAUCAUGGAAAAGGAAGACCUGCUGAAAUUCAAGAUGCACUGCUGGGAUAAAAUUCAAAAUGAUUCUCUCUUCCAAAGGACCAACAAGAGUUUGUCUGUCGAUGAAAUGAAGCACAUUGCAACUCUUAGAAUGAAAAAAUUGAAACAGUGGGAUCUUCUUCCAUUUGAGGAAAUGAUACAAAACCCAAAUAAGAUAAUGGCGUUUAGUAAUGUGAUACUUCAAUAUUGUCCUUCAACUAAUAUAAAACUUGCCCUAGCAUAUGGCUUCGUACAGAAUGCCAUUUUAGGCCUAGGGAAAGAAAAACACAUGGAAAUAUAUUUUGAACUGAACAGAAAAGAUACAGAGUGGAUUGGCUGUUUUUCAUUGACAGAAAUCUCGCAUGGGACGAAUACAAAAGCUAUGAGGACGACGGCGACUUUCGAUCCUAAAUCGCAAGAAUUUGUUUUAAACACACCAGAUUUCGAAGCGGCUAAAUGUUGGGUCGGAAAUUUAGGAAAGACUGCUACACAUACGAUACUUUUUGCUAAAUUAAUACUCUCAGAUGGUACUGACUGUGGGCUUCAUGCUUUUAUAGUGCCGAUAAGGGAUGUUAAAACACUCCAAGCUUUUAACGGCAUUGUUGUUGGGGAUUUGGGAGAAAAAGCAGGCCUUAAUGGAAUAGACAACGGGUUUAUUCUAUUCUCAAACUAUAGGAUACCAAAAGAAAACCUGCUUAAUAAAACUGGUGAUGUCACCCCUGAAGGAAAAUAUAUUACCCCAUUCAAAGACCCUAAAAAAAGAUUAGGUGCUUCCCUUGGUGCGUUGUCAGCAGGAAGAGUAACAAUUUCACAGAUUUGCAAUGUGUAUUUAACGAAAGCAAUUAUUAUUGCAGUUAGAUAUGCAGCUGUUAGAAAACAGUUUGGCCCUACUGAGAAAGAAGAGCUUCCGAUUAUAGAGUAUCCCCUUUUGCAAUGGCGUCUAUUCCCAUAUCUAGCAACAGCAUAUGUUAUGAAAUACUUUGCCGAUUAUUUUUAUAGCUAUUUUGUACAGUUGACAAUAAAUAUGAUGAUGAAACAGGAAAUCGUGGAAAAUUCGGGACCUGAAAUUCAUGCAUUGUCUAGCGGUGUUAAGCCCAUUUUCGGUUGGGCUGCAAGAGACGGUAUCCAGGAAUGCCGAGAAGCCUGUGGAGGCCAUGGUUAUUUAAAAGUUGCUGGUUUUGUUGAUUUAAGAAAUGACAACGAUGCUAACUUAACAUACGAAGGGGACAACAACGUGCUGAUACAACAAACUACAAAUUGGCUUUUACAACUGUGGGCUCAGAGAAACAAUCCGGGUGUAUGGAACACACCGAUGAAUACGAUAUCGUUCAUGGCAAAUUGGAAAAACAUCAUUAAACAAAGAUGUUCUAACGAUACUGUUGAAGCUAUCCUUAAUCCUGAAAAUCUAUUAAAUAUGUAUAAGUGGCUGGUGUGUUAUUUACUGAUCAAGACAAAUGAUAUUAACGAUAAACAUAUAAAGCAAGGCCUUGACCAAUUUUCUCUCAGGAACAACAUACAAGUAUAUGCUGGGCGUACAUUAGGAAUUGUUUAUAGUGAACAUGCGGUUCUUAACAAGUUUGUUGAAUUUGUAAAUGAACAGACAAUGGCUGAAAAGGAAGUUCUGUCAAAACUAGCUUCUCUUUAUGGCUCUUGGAAUCUUGAGAAACAUGCCAGCAUAUUUUUUGAAGGGGGAUAUUUUAAUAGCAAAACACCAUUGGAGUUUUUACAAGAAGGCAUACGCAGAUUGUGCUUAGAUUUGAAAAAGGAUGCCGUCUCCCUUGUCGACGCUAUUUCAAUUCCUGACUUUUUUUUAAACUCUCCACUGGGACAUUCUGAUGGCAAUGUUUACGAACACUUGAAAUCAUGUUUGUAUUCGAGCCCAGAUACUUUCAGUAGGCCUUCGUGGUGGGAGAGCAUUGUUAAUGGAGAAAUGCAAUCUAAGUUGUAAAACUUGAAAAUACCUAAUGCAAAUUAAAAUAGAUAAUUUAAGUAUAUUUUUGCAGUAAAUAGUUGUAAAUUUGUAUAAUUUA